AUGGGUCUGUUCAAGCGCAAAGACUCAAAGCACUCCAUCCACAGCGAAAGAGAUGACCAGGACAACCAGUCCUCGCACAGCACUCGCACCUCCACCGCCUCACUGAGAUCCCCCGGCAUCAUGUCCUCCGGGACAUUGCCCGCCUCCAUCCCAGAGGUGCCCAUCUCCAAGCCGCCAGACCCGAGUCUGGAUCCCGCCGCCUAUCUGCGGAGCAUCCACGCCGUGCGCGAGCGCUCCAGAAUCGUCCUCCAAAAGGCAAGGAAGAAUCGCUUGAGUCAUUUCGAUGUGGACAUGUCCAAGUUCGAGGUCACCGCUUCAUACGUGGUUUCUAUCAUAAAGAGAGACUAUGCCCCCGAUUAUUCCUCCAUUCCUCCCCACGGUCGUUGGCAACACUUUGAUGUCGGCGGGAGACCUCGCAUCAACCAGCUUUUGCAGUCGUGGCCCAGUACCAUUGACGUGCAGGAACGCACACGCAGACUGAUCGACCUCUUCUUGAUCUCCGUGUUAUUGGACGCUGGUGCCGGAAACAAAUGGUCUUACAAAUCCAAGGAGUCCGGCAAGGUCUACUCGCGAAGCGAGGGUCUGGCCGUUGCCAGCUUAGAGAUGUUCAAGAGCGGCCUGUUCAGCAGCGAUCCCACCGAACCGUGCCAGGUCGACGGAGCAGGUCUGAAGAGAAUCACCGUUGACAUGCUCGGCAGAGGCAUGCAGCAUUCGGAGCAAAACCCUCUAGCAGGAAUCGAAGGUCGCACUGGGCUUCUCGUCCGACUGGCUGAGGCGCUGAACAACCAAGAACUGUUUGGAGUCGAUGCUCGUCCUGGAAAUAUGCUUGAUUACUUGAUUUCUCAUCCUUCCACCCUUGCGUCCUCAGUGCCCAUUGUAUCUAUUCCCACCCUCUGGUCUGUUCUCAUGGAUGGCCUUUCAGCAAUCUGGCCGCCCUCUCGAACGCAGGUCGAUGGCGUUUCUAUCGGCGAUGCCUGGCCAUGCUCUUCUCUGCCUCCGUCCCCUCCGGCCAAGGCUUGGGAGAGCAUUGCGCCCUUCCAUAAACUAACUCAGUGGCUAUGCUACUCGAUCAUGGUACCAAUGACGCGGCUGAUGAAAAUCCAUUUUGCCGGCUCCGAGCUGCUGACCGGCCUUCCUGAAUACCGAAACGGCGGUCUCCUUAUCGAUAUGGGUCUUUUAACGUUAAAGGAUGACGACAUGGAACGGGGCCUGAGAGCAUACAAGGAGAAUGCUGAAAGAACAGGUCAACCCAGUAUGGAAGUCGUGCCUCUCUUUACUGCCGAUGACGACGUUAUUGUUGAGUGGCGCGCUGCCACUGUGUGUUUCCUAGAUGAUCUUUUAGAGGAGGUCAACCAUCAACUGGGUCUCCGUGGCGAGGGCGCCCUUUCUCUAGCCCAGCUAUUGGAAGCCGGCACGUGGAAAGGCGGCCGCGAAAUAGCAGAAGUCUCGAGACCCAACACGAAGGAGCCCCCCAUCAUGAUACUCUCUGAUGGUACUGUUUUCUGA